CGCGAGAAUCCCCCAGUGUCGCGGGGGGAGGCGCCGCGGUGGAACGGCAGCUCGAGGUGAUCCUGCCGCUCUUGCAACGGCUCGCGCUGCACUGUUUCAUGCCGACGGGGAAGGGACAGAAGAGGAACGGACCGCGCUGAGGAACAGCAGUUGGGGCGAGAAAUUGACUGCAUCGCUAUCACCAUGUGGCCUUGUGUCUUGAUACUGGCGUGGGCGGCGCUGAGCGAGGCAACGACGGGGCCGCGAUCUGCUUUUGUUCAGCGGCUCGAACCCAUCGACUUUGUGGGCACUGAUUACUAUCUGACGGGCGGGAACGGCGCAGGAAGCGGGUCGCCCUCGAUGCUGGAGGACUUGAGGAGAGGACACGAGGGUCUCAUGGUCAAGCUCAACGAUGUGACGAGAGCUCUCAAGGAGGACGAACUGAAGCUGAACAACGUCUUCUACAAGCUGGGCCGCCAUGACAACGACUUGGAAGGCGUCAGCGACAAUGUGCAGAAGCUCUCUUCAUCGUCGAAGAAAAUUGAGGCGAAACUUAACAAACACGCCUUCAACGUGGACUUCCUUCGGCGGCGCAUCGAGCGGCUGCAGCGGGAGAAGAAGGCGGAAAACUCCAUGGAAGCGCAAUUAGCAGCCGCCAGGGAGAUCAUAGACCGCCUGGAAGACCGCCUCACCGACGCCCUCAUCCGCCUCGGAAAUGUGGAGAACACGACCCGCACUUUGGAGAAACGGUCGGUGGUUUCUCACUUCCCGGACCUGCUUGGCCCGCCCAUCGCCGCCGCUGCCCGCCCGCCCACCUUAACCGUGUACCCGGCGACACACACAGGUGGAAAUGUGGCAGGUGAGUGCAGCGGCGACUGGGAGAGGAUCGGCCUCGGGUGCUACUGGUUCGGCGAGGAGGAGCUCACCUUCCCGGAGGCCGUGGCGUCGUGCGUGCGUCGCGGAGGCCACCUGCUGACCCUCAACCCGCCCGGCACCCAGCACGAACUGCUCAUGGCCCGCCUCGCCGACGGUACUACCUACUGGACCAGCGCCACAGAUGCCUUCAACAAGGAUGACUGGGCCUUCCUCAUGACAGCCCAGCCCGUGUUGCCUUCUCACUGGGGUGUCGACCAAGAGAACACUCUGGGCAGCCACCAGCGCUGUGCAGGCGUGUCUAACAUAGGCCUCCUCAAACAACGCUGCACUCACCGUCAGCCGUAUAUCUGCCAUAUGUUUUGAAAUGGUGCGAAUAGAACGCAAGCUUGAUUUGGAGACUGGCACAUUUAGAUCUUCAAAAUUUUGAUUUUCUUUUUUUACUAUUUCUUUUUCUUAACCAGGUACGUAAUUGGAAAAAAUAGACGUGAUAUAACUCCCACUGCAUACACCCUGUUCUGUAGCUUUGCGACCUUAAUUUAUUCUUAGAAUAAAGAAUAUCUGAUUCUCCAUCCAUUUACAUUGUAUAAAAUGUGUCCAAGUAAAGAUACAAGCUUCACUGUAUCUGGGUUCAGAAUGCUAACACAUGGGGAUAUAAACAUGAAUAAUCACACUUUAAUCAAAAUAUUGAUACAGGAUUUUGACAAUCUUCUGUAAUCUACUUUAUAUUUCACAACCCAAUAGGACCAUUUUUGGAAGAGAAAAUAAAACAAUAGCCUAACUGUAUCGUAUUUUUUGGUAUACUGAGCUAGUAAAUCAGUAUUUUUGCAGCACAUUAAAAUCAUAUAUAAUGAAAAGCAUCAUGAUUACAUAGUAAUGAUGGACACUAGGACCUUCCCUGAUUUAUUAAGUUUAAUGUUAACCAAAAUCACAUUUCUGGACUUUUUGCUAGAAUUCAUUGUAUUCCUUGACACAUGCAUAUGGAAUUAUGACUUAACCAAAUCAUACAAUCAUCACUUUUAUCAUCAUCAUUUGUCUUUCUUACAGGAGCAUUUAGUCCCUGUUAGUAACCUGUAAAAAGAUUUCAUACUUUUUCCAAAGAUUAGUCAUAUUUCAUACAUGCUGUACAUUGUACUUAUAAUCUGUAAGGUUCUCCAUAUAGUUAAACAAAUAAGUGGUUUAAGUUAUAUGUAACUGCCUUUCACUAAAGCCUGCCUCAUUAUUAUCUUUAAGGAAAAUAAUAAUUCUGUUAUUUUUUAAUUACCAAAUAUUAUAUAUAGUUAGUUUAUAAAGUUAAUGGGGCUAGUGCCUGGCCCUUGAUAUGAUCCCAACUUAUCACUGCAAUGGGUUGUCUUUUUAUAAUAAAAACAAACAAAU